AUGCCUCCUUCUGCGAGGAGAUCCUCUCAAAGGACGCGCAAGGCGCGAGAUCCCAGCCCUGAUCCCGUCCACGAGCAAUCAUCGCCCUCCAGACCUUCGAAGCGUCGAAGAAAAGUACAACCAGAUCCUCCUUCAGAACCGGCCGAUGACGAAGAUUCGACCCUCACAGUUGCCGACUCUGACGAGGUAUUGAUCUCAAAGGUUGCCCAAUGUCUCGCCACUAUUCCUGGGACUCAGGCGAGCCGGGACCAUGCCAACUCCCUGCAAGAUCCUUCCGGAGGCGACAUCUCAGCCUACGCUAAGAUCGCAGCUCAAGAGUGGACGUACUUCGUGAAGCAUCUUGUUGUCAACAUCGGUCGCACCACCGAGGUCACCAGCGGCCACUCCAUUCCCACCGAUCCCAAUGAUGAGGACUUUGUCCACAUUGAUCUUGGCCCGACCAAGGUCUUCUCUCGCCAGACGGCCCAGAUCUAUUUCGAUGCCGAUACCGACCCGAACGGUAGUUGGUAUCUCAAGGUCAAAGGACGCAAUGGUUUGAAGGUCAAUGGAGACACUCUGAAGCGGGAAAAUGGUCCGCACCCCCUGUCCAGCGGAGAGGUCAUUGAGGUGGGCGGUAUUGAGAUGAUGUUUGUAUUACCCGCCAACCUAGGACCUCUGAAAGUACAUGAUAUAUACACCUCUCGUAUUGGGAAUGGGCCGCCGCUGCUGAACUCGAAGCCUCAGAGGUCAAGUCCAGUCGCAGAAAAUCGCAGCCUGCCGCUUCCUGUUCCCGAAGCCAUACACCACAAGGGCGGCAGUCGCGGUAGUGCUACUGCUGCUGCUGCUGCUGCUGCUGCUGCUGCUGCUGCUGGUACCGCAUCGCCAGGCCCGGCCUUCCAUCAGCCCAUCGCACCGGCUCCCACAGAUUACCGGCGACCUGGUACACCACCAUCAGCUGUCCGGGGCCGCGCUAGUGCUUCACAUCACCGGUCACCCGCUUACGGUACUGGGGGGACUAUGCUGAUUAACAGCAAUAGCGACGUAGAUUUGAGCCUGGACGACAAUCAGCAUGUCAAGCCACAGUUCAGCUAUGCUCAAAUGAUCACCCAAGCCAUUAUCAGCACCGAGGACCACAAGCUGAACUUGAAUGGCAUUUACCGUUACAUAAUGGAAAAUUUUGCCUACUACAGACACGCGGCAGCCGGCGGGUGGCAGAACUCGAUCCGCCACAACCUGUCACUAAACAAGUCCUUCGCCAAAAUGCCGAGGUCGACGGAUGAGCCUGGGAAGGGCAUGAAAUGGGAGAUUGUCCCGGAACAGAAGGAGGAUAUGAUCAACAAUGCUUACAAGACCGGACGUGGAGGGCAUCGCGGCUCGUCAGCACCCUCGUCACCAAAUGCGCCUGGCCAGCUGAACUAUGUCAAUCAUGGUCCGAGAGAGAUGGCCGGUAGAGGACCUGGUUCUGCGCGCAAACGCAAGUUAUCUCCAAUCGCUUCACCUCCUCCGACCUCGUCCGUCAAUCCCACCCAGACGCCCGUUUCUCGAUCACGAUAUGAUGCAAACGGCCUUGCGAGCUUCCAGGAUGGUAGCCCCUUGCCUCGACCUCGAAAGCCAUUGACUGCAUCUAGCUCUUUUGCGACUGAAGGACUUAACCCUCGUUCACCGCCUACUUUAUCAUCCUCCUACCUGCAAGACGAAAGCGCUCCUUUCGUAACUCCAGCGCCCCAGAAGCUCCACCCUCGUCUGGCACCUCCCAGUACUGCUCAACGACCUAGCCAGCAUAUGCCUACAAGCUCGCCCGCGCCUUUCUGGAAAUAUGCCGAUAUUGGCAGCACGCCAUUGAGGUUGCCUUUUGAUCCCAGCCCGUCGAAGCCUGCCUUGCCAGGCAGCAGCAGCCCGCCGCCUCCAGCAGACGGUAGUCGCUCGCCCAUCGCUAGCCCAAGCAGGUCCACCGUUCGCAGUGAGACACCUCAUGUCAAGUCGGAGCCGGCCAUCGCCAUGCCCGAUGAGGAGGACGAGGAUGAGGAAGUCGGCUUUGACCUUACCAAGGGCUUCCAAAGUAUCGGAUCUUAUCACGCACCUAUUGGCCGGGGGCUGGGGGUGCCGAAAGCCAACGGUCGCUAG